ACCGGAAGUCAGCGUUAAUGCGCAACAAAACCGUGUUUUCUAUCAGAAUAAUCAAAAAUAUUAGCGAAUGCACAGGUGAAGUGGGGUUUUAAAGGUAUUGUUAUCUUUAAAAGUUUAUUGUUUGAGUAUAAAAGUAUAAAAUUAGUGCACGGAAGCGCACUUUAGUGAGUUAAGGUGAGUUGAAAGGCGAAGUUGUGUCCAUGGAGACGUGGGUGAGAUUCAGCGCGCAGAGUCAAGCCAAAGAGCGAGUGUUCAGGGCUGCACAGUACGCCUGCACUCUGCUUGGAUACACACUGCAGAAAGGAGGAGCUGCAGCUCAACUGUUAACAACCAUCAAGCAGCUGGAAGCUCAUCUGAGUCUCAGCAGAAAACUGAUGCGGUUAGGGAACUCGGCCGAGGCUCUGGAAGCAGCGAAGCGAGCCGUUCACCUCUCCGACUGCGUCCUGCGCCUCUGCAUCACCGUCUCCCAUUUAAACAGAGCCAUGUACUUCGCCUGCGAUAACCUGCUGUGGGCCGGAAAGACGGGGCUGCUGCCUCGCCUCGACCAGAACAAGUGGAGCCAGAGGUCAUUCAGGUAUUACCUGUUUGCGCUCAUCUUGAACCUGACCCGAGACCUUUACGAGAUCCACGGUUUGAUGGAGCGCGAGCGGCGCAGCACUUCAGCCAAAGCUCAUCUCUCGGGUGCCGUAGAGAACGGCGAGUUCCCCUCCGUCCCGUGCUCCUGCGUGUCCGUCCUCACGGCCAGGCUCCAGCAGCAGCUGCGUCUGCUCACCGCCGUCCUGUGCAGCAACCCGCCGCUCCUGCUGGACACGCUGAAGAACCUGUGUGACCUCUUCAUCCCGCUGGACAAACUGGGCCUCUAUCCUACCGGGCCGGGAUUCGUCGGGGCGUGUGGUCUCACCUCGUCCGUCCUGUCCAUCCUCACCGUGCUGUACCCCUGGCUCAAACUCAAACCCUAAACCAUGUUGUAACGUCACGCCUUGAACCAGCGCUGAGUCUGAACGGAGCAGCUGUCGGAAAAUCCCAGACCGGCCAAUCAAGACGGAGCGUGCUGAUGAUGUCACAAGUGUCAGAGGAGAGGAAGAGCAAAAAGAGGAGGUGGUGUGUGUGUGUGUGUGCGCGUGUGUUUUUUUGCUAGAUUAUGUACUAAUGAUCAUAGUGUCCUCACGUCAUACCAGUCAAAAGUUUGUACACCCCUACUCUACUCAUUCAUAGGUUGAUUUUUUUUUUUUUUCCCUGUAUUCUCUACACUGUAGAACAAAACUGAAGAUCUCAAAACUAUGAAAUAACAUCUGGAACAUAUCUGCAGUUAUGUGGUAAACAAAAUAUGUUUGAUAUUUUAGAUUCUUCAGCGUCGCCAGUGUUUACCUUGAUGACGCUUUACACACUAUUGGCAUUAUCUUAACUAGCUUCAUGAGGUAGGUAGUCACCUGGAACGCUUUCCAGUUCUCGUCAAAAGUUAAUUAGCGGACGAGUUUCUUCCUCCUUAAUGCGUUUGACAUCGUCAAUCUGUAAAUAAAUAAACAGCCCUAUACUACAGACAACUGUAGUAAUCCAUACAGUAUUAUAUCAAGAACCGCUCAACGAAGUAAAGCAUCGUUACUUUCAGACACGAAGAAGUGUCUUUUAAUUAAAAACUAAAGAUAAAACCCUGAAUUAGAAGGUGUGUCCAAAUUUGGUGUGUGUUUUCUCAAUGUACGUCCUGUAUUAGUGUAUAUAAUCCUACACCACUGCUGAAUUCUUGAUUCUGAUUGGUCAGAAGGUGUUGAUUUAAUUUUCGUUAAUUAACAGCAGGUCAUGCCGAUACUUUAGUGUUUCUGUAGUAACGGUGCACUCUUGUCGGAGUCGGCCAUGCACACAGAUUUGAAAACAAACAACGAAACAUUUUAGUAUUUUUGGACGUCUCGAGUAUAACGCAGUAACUUUACGUUUUCCACCACAGUAAAGUCUUCAGGAUGGCGACAUGUGAUAUUUGGUAAAGUGAUGUGUCAUGGGAGGAAGGAAUAAACCAGACUUGGGGAGGAAUAAUCAAUUUUAUUUUAUUUAAUUGGAAAGUUGUUGCCGGGUUUUGUCAUUAUUUCCGCAUCAUCUAUUAUCUCUGUAUGAUAAUUACACAACUGAACCCAACACCGAACAGGCCAGACUCUAUCAAUCGAUCGAUUGUUUGUGUGGGAAGUCAUGGCCUAAUGGUUAGAGAAGCAGCUUUGGGACCAAAAGGUCGCCGGUUUGAGUCCCUGGAGCAGCAGGAAUGGCUGAAGUGCCCUUGAGCAAGGAACCGAACCCCCACCUGCUCCCCAGGCUGCUCUGGGUAUGAUGUACAGUGGUGCUUGAAAGUUUGUGAACCCUUUAGAAUUUUCUAUAUUUCUGCAUAAGUA